CUGAGCUCUAAAUGGGAGGGAGAAAUCAGACACGAGUGGUGGAGUUUGUCUUCCUGGGUUUCUCCAGCAUUCCAAACAGCCACAUCUACCUCUUCCUGCCAUUCCUAGCCAUUUACUUGGUCACCGUGCUGGGGAACCUCAUGAUAUUUACUCUGAUUCAACUGGAUUCCAGUUUCCAGAGCCCCAUGUAUUACUUCCUCAGCCAUCUUUCCUGCUUAGAUAUUUGCCUGUCCUCCGUCACAGUCCCCAAGAUCCUGGUGAACUUCUCGUACCAACGACAGACCAUCACCUACAACCAGUGCAUGGCCCAGAUGUUCUUCCUGAUCUCUUUCACAGGGUCGGAGGCUCUGAUCCUGGCUGUCAUGGCCUACGACCGUUAUGCUGCUAUUUGUAAACCUUUGCAUUACUCCCUGCUCAUGAAUGCCAAGGUGUGCACCACCCUAGCCUUGGCCACCUGGGUCUGUGGCUUUUUGGAUUCUGCUGUCCACACAGCUCUUGGCUCAAACUUGUAUUUCUGUGAAACCAACCAGAUUCGUACAAUUUUCUGCAAUCUUCCCCCGCUAAUGAAAAUUUCUUGUAGUGAUACACAGGCCAUUGAAAUGGCGUUGGGUGUGGCCAGCCUUUUUGUGGGUGUGGCCCCAUUCCUGUUUACGAUCCUCUCUUAUGUCUUCAUCCUGUCCUCCAUCUUGAAAAUUCAUUCCACCACUGGCAAACACAAAGCUUUUUCCACUUGUGCAUCUCACCUGAUUGUUGUUGUAAUUUACUACGGAAAUGGGCUACUUAACUACAAUAGGCCAAGCACUGGCUACUCCUUGGAGACUGACACCUUGGUCUCUACCAUGUUUUGCAUAAUUCCGCCUAUGCUGAACCCCCUCAUCUACAGCCUCCGCAACAAGGAGGUGAAGGGGGCCCUGAAGAAGGUUCUGGAAUGCCAUACAAUUCUGGUCACCACACCU